ACUGUUUUAACUUCCUAGUUAUUCCGGGAUAGAUAUAAAUGUGUACAAAAAAGGAGAAAAAAUAUAUAUAAAAGAAACAACAACAACAAAAAAGAGGAGAAAAAAAAACCGCCAACCAGAAACUGGGCGGUUUUUAACUGUUCUUUAUUUCAAGUGCAGAGACACUUCAGCAACCAACCAGCGCGAUCCGACUCAUACGCGUCAAAACGGAAACCAGGUUUCGGUAUAAAACGCGGACUGGCUGACGUGUCUCGCCAUCAGAUCAACGCCGCUGUGUCAGUAGACUGGUUGACGACGUUAAUCAAACACGCAAGGACAAUGAAGGUCAUCAUAUUCGUUCUACUAGUUGCCGUCUUCCUACAGACGUGCUACGCAGGCCAGAACACAACAUCCCCGACCACAUCAGGCUCGACCACGGCAACCCAGACCACACCAUCCCCGACCACAUCAGCCUCGACCACGGCAACCCAGACCACACCAUCCCCGACCACAUCAGCCUCGACCACGGCAACCCAGACCACACCAUCCCCGACCACAUCAGCCUCGACCACGGCAACCCAGACCACACCAUCCCAAACCACACCAGCCUCGCCUACGGCAACCCAGACCACGGUAACCCAGACCACGGCAGCCCCGACCACACCAGCUGGUGCGGGGGGACUGACGUCACAGACCGUGAUGACGCUGAUUAUAGGAGCCGCUAUUUCGGCUGUUGUGUUUUCGCAGUGAUCCUUUCUUCGUGAAGUGUGGAGAUUUACGAAGUCCAGAUUGACGUCAAUGAAAUACCGCAUUCCUUGGGGCUAUGACUUGAUGAAUCUGGACUGAUUCUCUCUUUAGGGCGGUUCUACAAAUGGAUACGAGUACGGGGAGAGGGUGCGAGCUAUGUUAUAAAUCAGCAUUUCACUUAAUCACAGAACAAAAAUGUAAUGAUUUGCAGUCAUCCAUGGAAUAUAUUCAUAUCUGACAAAGUUCGGAUGAGAGUACGGCUAACUGCAACAGGCACAACAUGUAUGCUGCAAAUCGUAAUAUCGCAAAGGAAUUUGAUAAAAGAAAACACCCUCAAAACACCACAAACCCAAAGAGAUAAUACGAUAGAAAUAAAAUAAUAAAUAACAUAUAUUCGUUAGGAAAUGAAAUCUAUUUGCACUCUCUAAUUAACAAACGAGAGAAAUAAAAUAAUGAAGUAAUAUGACAAAUCAUAUAUGCGUGUUCACACCAUACAUACAUCUGUAUCCAUCGUUCACAAAGACAGAUGAUGUGCUUGCCAAAAACCUUCUCUUCCCCAAAUGUUUUCAUUUACAGAAUUCGUCCUUAGUGCUUUACACAUUUUACUUCAUCUUUAUAAAUACAUCAAUCUUAAUGGUUUUAAAACUGUAGCUUACUUCUAAAAUAAAACUGUAUUCAGUGUCGGAACCAGAAUGUAUGUGUGUCAUCUCCACUGUUUCAGUGAUGAACAAAAGUCUAUAGUCAGUGGCGGAACCAGAAUGGGUGUGCUAUCUCCCCUGUUUCAGUGAUGAACAAAACUCUAUGGUCAGUUGCGGAAUCAGAAUGGGUGUGUGUUAUCUCCCCUGUUUCAGUGAUGAAAACGUAUUCGUGGUAUUUCGUUACAAAUUCAAUAUGCAAAACCUAUUAUCGUAUAGUUUAUCACGGUUGUGUUUUAUGUUAUAUACUUAUCUUUGAACUUUAGAGACACUAAAAAUGUUCGAUAGAAACGUUUAAAAAAAAAAGACUUCGAGUGUGUCAUCCAUGUUGGGCUCUGAGUAUAUAUGUCAUUUACAAGAAGAGGAAGCAAGAUCUGGUACACUAAACAUUCGCAUGCCAUGGCAUCAUAAAUACUGUAACAACUAACACUGAAAAUAAAGUAUUUAAAUGUA